GCCGCGUCGAGUGGCGAGGUGAGGAGAGCGGCCGGCACACUUCUCCUCGCACUAAAGAAACCGUCCCCCGAACCCCGAAGAGCAGAAGUCCCCCCGGCCUCCUCCUCCUGCUGUAAACCCUCCUACCUCCUCGCGCAGAUUCGUCUCCUGAAUCGGAGCUUCCGGUGCUCGGGUUGGGCCUGAAGCUGAGCUGUGUCAAGUUGGUUCUGGUGUUCCUGGAGUGGUCUGGUCUCUGACGAGGCUGUGGUUACCGGCUCGACGGGCCGGAUCCGGCUGGGAUCUGGCGGAAGAUCGGAUUCUUGGAGCAUAACUUUGGCCUCCGAGUUGUCCAUAGCCGCGCUUGUGCCUUGUGGUUUCCUAACCUUUCAAGAAAAUUUCUUCAAUCCGACGGGAUGCGGUGCUCACCGACGGGCCACUCGAAGAGCUGAAGAUUUAUUAGCUAGCUCAUAGGAUUUUCGACAGAAAUAAAGUUCUGCUAUUUCUUAGCAAUUCUAGAGUGAAGACCAGUUGAAGAAGCAAAAAGGGGCGUCUUUUGAAUUGCGCAAUGCAUGCCAAGGCUCGAAUCCACGCAGACCCGGUCCUGGAGUUUGACCAGUUCGACUGCCUACCGGAUUCGCUUGUGCUGCUGAUCCUGAACAAGCUUGAGGAUGUCCGUUCGCUUGGCCGGUGCUCUGCCGUGUCGAAGCGGUUCAACAGCCUGGUUCCCCUCGUGCAUGAUGUGUGUGUCAAGAUUGACCGUGUUGCGACUGUGGACGGUGACUCUGAUGCUGCUCUGAACCUGUUGGCGCCGAAGCACCGGAACAUUAUCUCGCAUUUCUUGAAGCUUGUGCUGUUCACAAUCACUAAGCCCUUCCAUGAUAUGUGCAAUCCGAAUGGCCCAGGGCGCCCACUGCUCCCACAGCUCGCCCAGCAUUCACCCGUGCAGGUGCUGAGGAGCUUCUCUCAUGUCCGCAAUCUUGGGGUGGAGCUCCCCUCUGGUGAUGUCAGGACCGAGGAGGGGGUUCUACUGAAGUGGCGCGCUGAGUAUGGCAGUUCACUUCAGAAUUGUGUCAUUCUGGGUGGUACUUUGGUCGAUCGCGAGCGUAUUGGCACGGGCCAUGAGCCAUCGUGUGAUGACAAUGGAUGCAUGCCAGAAUCCUUCUAUACCAAUGGCGGGCUGAAGCUUCGUGUUGUAUGGACUAUAAGCUGUUUGAUUGCUGCAUCGACAAGGCAUUAUCUCCUCCGGUCAAUCAUCGAGGACCAUCCAACAUUGAGAAGCUUGGUUUUGGCGGAUGGUGAUGAGCAAGGGACAUUGUGCAUGGGGACAGAGCAGCUGAAGGAGUUCAGGGAUAACCAGUUGUCAGCCUCAGCAUGUUCCAACAGGACUCAGGUCCCAGCAUGCAACAUCAAGCUGAAAUACGCUCCAUACCUUGAGCUUCCUGGCGGCUCGGCAUUGCAAGGUGCGACCUUGCUCGUUGUCAAGCCCGCCAACGAUGGGAGCAGCGGCGGUCAUGGCAGCCGGAAGGAAGCCGAAGCUUUUGUUUCAGGCGCGUUUGAUGGGCCGUGGAGAUUUGCUGCGAAGGCCCUGAUGAAGAGACGCACCUAUCUUCUGGAGAUGAAUAGUUUCUAGAGACGUUGAGUGCUUCUUAUGAGCCAUUUGUCUGUUUUGCUCUUUGUACACUAGUAUAGUAGUAGUUGCCGAAGCCUCGAUGGAGAAAUUGAGAUGUACAAAAUGACCCCUCACCGGGCCUAAUCUUACCGCGCCACGUAUUUUUAGCUAGCCAUUAGCCACAUACCACCCUGAUGGUAGAACUUUAUAAAGUUGUAAGUCAAAUUUUGAAUCCUCCAAGCUCAAAGCCCGCUACACAUCGAUCAAGAGGAAGUUGACAUGUUAGCGCUGUCAA